GCUGAGGCUGCUGCAGCUGCUGCGAAUACCCAGUCCAAGCAACAGUCACUCCGCACCACAUUUGGUGUGCACCAGUUGGUUUAAUUCCACAAAAUGAUUGGCACCCUCGAUUUCAGGGUGCUGCUGGCGUUGCUGGCGUUGCUGUGCUCAACGAAAGCCACAACACCCACGACAGAAACACCUUCGGCUCUGCUGCCCCUGGAGGCCCGCAAUGCGGACAUUUCGGGCGAGGAGGACAUCAUCUCCACCAGCUAUGUGCUGCCCAAUCAGAUAUUCAACGAGGGCAAGCCGUACUAUCCGCGUCACGAUCCCGUCUCGGGGCAGCUGGACUUUAGUGCCAAGAAGCAGGCCGGCAUCCAGCCCGAAAUCAACGAGGUGCUCGAUCCCAAUGAGAAGAUCGUCCUGAGUGCUGCGUCCUCGCCGAACAUACACGACUUCCUCAACCUGCCCGUCAAGUACUCGUCCUCGAAGUUCGUCUACCCGCUGGUCUCCAGCUCGUAUGCCAACCUGAAGUACCAGGGCAGCAACAAGAACUACAUAACCAACAAGAAACCCACCUCCGUGGUGGCACCGGUCACGCCUCCGCCGCCCAGCUACCACAGCUCCAAUUACUUUACGGUGCCGACGACAAAGCUCACGGCUGUGACCCCCACGGCAGGCGCCUACUAUCCGCAUCCCAGUAGCAGCAGCAGCAGCAGCAGCACCACUACAAGCACAACCACCACGACCAAGACAACCACCACAGCAGCGACCACUACCAAAGGAACCUUGCCGCCAUCGCGGAGACCCAUCCCCGUGACGACAACAACCAGCACAACAACUGUUCCGGCGGCCAAGUACACCAUAACCUCCCGUCGGCCCAUUCCGCUGCACGUUGCAUCCACAACCACACAGCCGCCACGCACCAGCACCACCCGCAAGAAGUUUGUGCCCACCAAGAAGUACAGCCCCGCAUUGCCCAGCACCAGCAGCAGGACACCGAUCGAGCAGGAGGAGCGACGUCCUGCAGCAACGCACCAGCCUCGUCCCACUCCCAGCAGCAGCGAUGUGGCCUUCACCACCCACCAUGCCACACCCCAGGCAGCCAUCUUUCCCACAGAGCCCACAACGACCACGAAAAUCUACACAACCUCUAGCACAAGUCCACCCGUUGUCUUCACGGAGGGACCCACGCCACCGCCGCCCUUCAGCCCCAUACCAGGCACAGGCAUUCCGAAUCUGGAUACUGCGGAUGUGUACCACAUUUUGGGACAGAAGAACACGCAGGCAGAGGAGCAGCAGCAGCAGCAGAAGGAGCAGCAGUUGCAGCAGCAUCAGCAAGAGCAGCAAUAUCAACAACAGCAACAGGAGCAGCAGCAGCAUGUGCAACAACAGCAGCAACAGCAGCAAUAUAUGCAACAGCAACAUAUGCAGCAGCAACAUAUGCAGCAGCAACAGCAGCAGCAGCAACAGCAGCAGCAGCAACAGCAACAACAGCAGAAGCAACAGCAGCAGCAACAGCAGCAGCAGCAGAAGCAACAGCAGCAACAGCAGCAACAGCAGCAACAACAGCAACAGCAGCAGAAGCAGAAGCAACAGCAGCAACAGCAGCAACAACAGCAACAGCAGCAGCAGCAACCACAGCCCCCACCAAGGCCGCCAAUGACGCUCAGUGACAUAUUCAACAGCCUGGCCGAAGAAGAGUCCGCAGUGGCGCACAACUACCAACAGAACCAAGGAUUCGAUGCACAGGGCAAUCUAAUAGAACCGAUUGCACCCUCAAAGCCAUCGCCGUUCGCUAUGCAACAUCCACAGACCCGUCCCGGCGCACCACCCCAACGUCCAACCACACCAGGAAUGCCCAACACUGCCGGACAGAGUCCAUACCCCAGCGAUCAGAAGGUGAUCUCGGGCAGCCAGGAGAACUACAGCAACGAAUAUGUCUCCUACCAGGUGCAGCAGCCGAAUGUGAUGCAGUACCGACCCGUGCCCGGCCAAAUCAACAACGUGGUCAUCUCGCCCGGACAGCACUCGGCCUCCUUUGUGCUCGGCAGUCAGGUGCAGCAGGUGAGCGUGGGCCAUCCCAGCGUCGAGAAGGAGCCACUCUUUGCCAAGGACACGCCGGGCGUGCAGUACGGCCAGGUGAUCAGCGAGGAUAUUGGCAACAUAAAGCGACCUGUGCCACCGUUCAAGCCCGCUGCCGCCCAGGAGCCAGCGAUGCCCACGAGCUAUCAGCAGAUGCCGAGCGUUCAGCAGAACUCAAACUUCCAUCAGAACGGAAACAUUGCCACAGCUGGAACCACUGUGCCAGCCGGUUCGUACCAAGAGCCCCCGCCAGAGGCGCCCAGCCCAUACCAGCAGCUCCCGCUGAUCGGUUCCAGUCUGCGACCAUCGAAGAAGCCAGCGCCCCCGAAGCCAGAACAGAGCGCAGCAACAUCUUACCAACCCACUCAGGCGUCGACACCACACCAGACGCCACCCACACGGCCGGGGAUGACACAGGGGGAUGACACCAAAGAUCUUCUCGUCUCCAGCAACAUUCGGUUCCCAGUUUUGGCCGAGGAGUCCGCGGAACUUGCAUCUUCGGCUGUUGUGCCCGGUCCGCCUGCCGGACCCCACAUCAAUGGCCAUGCACAGCCGCUGAGCCUGCAGCAGCUACACAACUCCAAUCCCGUUGUCUUUCCCAAGGUCAAAGACGAGGAGACGCCCGGCGCCAAUGUGCAGAUCCAGCAGCACGAAGUUGUCAACCUGAGCCAGCAGCAGAAACAGCAACUGAAAUUCCCUGCUCAGCAGCAGCCUCUACAUGGCGAGCAGCCCUCUCGGGAUAUGGAGCCGCCGCCACGCUACCCCAGCACCUCGUCCGGGCCACAGGUUCCAUCCACGCCCGGCAAUCGUCCGCCCUUCUACAAUGAAUUCAGCCGCAAGCCACAGGCUGGCCCACGGCCCAACAACUUGCCCAACAUUCUGCCCCAGUUCCGGCCAAAUGCGAAGAUCUCCAACGGCCAUCCGCCACCACUGAAGCAGGAGGCGGGCAACAUCCGUCUGCCCGCGCAGGGCAUGAAGCGACCCUACAAUCCCUCUGCGCCGCCCCAUUUCGCCCACCGCCGCCAGCCCCUGCAGCAGCAGCAGCAGCAGCAGCAGAUGCUGCAGAAGCGCUACCCCAUGAACCGCAUCUCCGAGUAUCCAGUGGGACCACAGGGGGGCAUCGGUGGCGAUAUGAACAGACGCGUCUACCGCCAGCCACCCUACGGGGGCCAGAACAUGCCCUACCACCCGGAUCACAUGUACGCCCGUCGUCCGAAUGCUCCAGGUCCUGCCAAUGGUCCUCUGCGAUCUGUCGAUGGCUACCCGGCAGAGCGGCAUGCCCCGACAGCAGGCUCGGAGCCCUACCAGACCAUCAACGCGGAGGGCGCGGCAGACUUUGAGGAGGAGGAUCUGGUGAUCAAUGAUCCGCCACAGCCGGUGACGCCCAGCAAGGAUCGCAUGGGCGUGGAGGAGACCAAGCUGGAGCCCGUGGUUACCCUGCAAAUGCUGCAGUCCCAGAAGAAGGCGGUGAGUCUGCCCGGCGACGAUACUGGAGCAGGAGAGAUUCAGGUUACGGCCGACAAUGAUCCCCAGGAGGCGGAGACCUCAAAUCUUAGUCAACAGACUCUGGACCCCAGUGGCAUGUACGUGGUGUUCCCCCUGAAGGGCACGGAGAAGCAACAAAUCGAAGGAGAGGCACCUUCUGCGCCAGCCGAGUACCAGAACACUCCGUUCUCGGUGAUUCGUGACCAGCCCCAGGAGCCGAUACUGAAGAAUAAGAAGCCGCAGUCCCUGCAGCAGCAGAACAAGGCCCAGCAGAUGCCCAAGGAGAAGUUUCCGUAUCCAAUCGAGAAACCCGAUCCAUCCUACUCCGAGCUCAACUCGAAUCCCGUGCCAGGCGUACUGAUUGCUCCCCGCAUUAUCCACGGAGCCUUUGGUACCGGAACAGAAACGCCCAUUGCCAUUGCCUACACGCCCACAGAGCCCAGCAGCUUCCGGCGAACGUCUGCACCUGGCGAACAGGAUCAAAAUUUCUCCAACAUCAACCUGGCCACGCCCGUGAUCGGCGAGAUACGCCAGGACACCCAGACGGAGGAGGGACUAAGCAGCGACUUUGACCUGCGCGGCCAGAACUACGAGAAGAACUUCAUGGCGCCCUUCUAUCCGAGCGUAAGUCUGGGCGGAGGCGAAAGCGGAGCCAGCGGUGCUGCGGCCGUCCAUCCCACACUCAACAACUGGAACAUUGUGCCCUCCACUACGGAUCAGGCGAUCUACGAGAAGAACAACAUCAACCGCGCGGAUGUGGAGCCAGCUGAGGAGACGAGGGCAACGGAGUCGGUCACAGCCAGCGCACUGACAGCGGAGAAGAAUGCCGAGCUGGACAGCUUCCAGCCGCAGCUGCAGGGCGGAUUCAAGCCCAUCUAUCCGCCCGGCUACCAGCACGUGGAGCAGGUCGCGGAGCAUGAAGACGCCAAGAACAGAGACCAAGACCAGCCACAGGCAUUGCCUCUGGUUUCGGUCACCACGAGCACAGCGAAACCAGCGACUGCAGUCGCCAUUAGCAGCAGCAGUUCGACCUCUACAAGCACAACCAGCACGACAUCCACCACCAACCAGCCCGGAACCACGAAAGCUGUUGGCACAACAACCACCCAAGCGCCAGCUGGCAGCGUAAAGCCCACACAGCGCAAGAAGUCCACCUUUGAGACCAGCCUGGCGGCCCUCCUGUUCGGAGACGAGGACGAGGAGAAUGGAGCUCGCAAGUCCGCGGAGGUGCCAAAGGCCCAGGCCGGACCACGGAAUGUGCCUCGCAUGGGACCCCGAAGUCUGACGCUCAGCUAAGUCGAGGCGCUCCGAGCUGUUAGUUUAGUCCAAUUUUAGUUUGUAUUAUUUAUUCAAAGUUCUUGAAAGCAGGGAAUCUGCUUAGAAAUAGACGAUGUGGUAAUCUAGUUCUUGUUCUACAGCUUAUUGUUAGUCGUUAGCCCAUACACAUACACAAACAGAAACAGAAACUCAUACACAUACACGCAGCUAGACCAUAGCCACCAUAGCGAACCAUCAAAUCCCCAUUUACCUAACGACCUUACGACCUUUUGCGAGUCUGAUUUGAAUGUAUGUACGUACGUGGAAAACUUUCUCAUUGGACUCCCGAAUCGUCGGAAAUGAGAUAAACGAUUUUUUUGUAUUAUUCCACCUAACACAAACCUUAAACAGUACUCACAAUUUGCAAGAUUAUUAUAUGUACCAUAGAAAUCAAUGGAAAAUAAA